AUGGGCAUACCACAAGGCUCCAUUCUGGGGCCUUGUGGCUCACUCUUCAUCCUCGGUCACAGUGCCUACCCUUCUGAUCACAGUAAUUGUACAGCAGACUCCUGCGGACCACUGGCUCAGUGUACAAGCGGUGGAGGCUGUGUUUGUAUUACUGGCUAUGAAAUCCCUGCCGACCACCUGCCCACUCUAGAGUCAUUUGGAUGUGUUGACAUUGACGAGUGUGUGAAGACCGCCGGUAUUUGUGGUUCUUACUCCACCUGUGAGAACACCAUCGGAUCACACCUCUGUACCUGUCUAGAUGGAUUUACUGCAACAGAUGCGACUUCACCAGUUUCUACGUCCAACCCCUGCCAAGAUAUCGAUGAGUGUUUCAACUCCACCGUCUGUGGCCCUGAGUCCAAGUGCACCAACACACCUGGAGCUUAUACCUGUGCAUGUAAUCUGGGCUAUGAACCGACCACACCAGACCAGGAGCCCAGCGAGGAAAACAUCUGUAUCGAUGUUGACGAGUGUGAAAAAUACGCCGCAGUCUGCGGUCCUCACGCCAACUGCACAAACUCCAUCGGAUCUUACUUCUGCGUCUGCUUUUCGGGUUUUCGUCUGAACAACCUGAAGGUGAUAGCCAGCCAUGCUAACCCAUGCACAGAUAUAGACGAGUGCAGUGAGACUCCUGGUAUAUGUGGUCUUCAAAAUAUUUUAGAUGAGAUCGAACCUGCAGAGACUGUGGCAAACGGCUUCGCAGCAUCUAUGGAAGUCUCUGGUGUUGGACCACACGCCAAGUCAAGCAGGGUGAGCAGCAAAGGUGACGGGGAGACCGGCAGUUUGAUCCUGGGCAUCUCAGACCGUUUAGUUUCUAGCUUAGUGCAGCCGGGUCAGAACAAAACAAAGAGAUCUGUGAAGGGUUCAGCAGUGGACUUAAGUCUGGAGACGAUCGGGCCUGGAGUACACAACGCAGAGAGCUCGGUUCUCACAGCCAAAGGAAACAGCAUGGCGAUCAACUUGGAUGGGCUGGCCGACAAUAACAACGGUUCCGCUGCAGCUGCUUUCCUGACAAUAACAGGCAUGGAGAGUCUUCUCAGUCAUAACUACUUUAAAACAGAAAACCAAACAGAGAUGUACUCUGACAUCAUCACCGCCAUCUUACCCUCGAUAAACAACACCAACCUCACCGAGCCUGUCAACUUCACCAUCCAGCACAAGACGGUACCCGAAAAUGGUUUUGUGACGUGUGUGUACUGGGAGGACAAAACAGAGGAGACAGGACAAAGAAAGAAAAGGACGCUGCGUUGGUCUGUGGAGGGCUGCUGGGUUGCUUACACCACUGAAAAUGUCACCGUGUGCAGCUGCUCUCAUCUCUCCACAUUUGCCCUCAUCAUGCAGAUCGGCGAGCCUCCAGCAGAGAAUCCUUUCCUAGAUUGGCUGAACCGAAUGUGUGUGAUGGUAGGACUUGCCUUCUUCGGUUUGGCCAUCUUCACCUUCCUCUUGUGCAGCUGGAACCCGAAGAUCAACAACACAGCCCGUCUUCACCUCUGCCUCAACCUCGCCUUUUCCCACCUCCUGCUGCUGUGGAACGACAGAUAUACUGAACAUGAGCUGGCUUGCACUGUCAUGGCAGGUCUUCUGCACUUCUUAGUCGUUGCAAGUUUUGUGUGGAUGCUGCUGGAGGCUCUCCAGCUCCACCUGUUAGUCAGGAGGCUCUCCAAGGUGCAGGUCAUUCAGAGGGAUGGCCUCCCCCGUGUGCUUCUCUACCUGAUUGGCUACGGAGUUCCAUUUGUGAUUGUGGGUGUUUCUGCACUGGUAUAUUCUGAUGGAUAUGGUGCCACGGAGGCCGAGGUGUGCUGGCUCUCCAGAAAUCGCAACUUCAACUGGGCUCUGACGGGACCUGUGAUUGUUAUCCUUGGACUGAACUGGAUGUUGUUCUGUGCCACUCUCUGGAGUCUUCGACCCACGCUGGCCAACAUGAGGAGUGAUGUUUCUCAAUCUAAGGACACCCGGUUGAUUGUGUUCAAGAUCCUGGCCCAGUUUGUCAUACUGGGCUGUACCUGGAUCCUGGGCCUGUACCAGACCAAUCUAUUCUUCCAGGUCCUCUUUAUCAUUCUGAACUCGCAGCAGGGAACCUUCCUGUUCAUCGUGCACUGUCUGCUCAAUAAGGAGGUCAGAGAGGAGUACAUGAAAUGGCUGACCUGCUCUUUCAAUAAGCAGCGACAUGGAGGAUCUGUGAAGGAUGUACCCUCAGUCUCCGAGGACUUGGACAAGUGCGAAUAGACGGACUGUCGGAGAUAACGUGUGCGGUACAAAGGAGAGCCUGGAGCCAGAGAAGAGAAGAGCAUGCCAGAGACACUUUUAACCAUUAUUUAUACCAAUUAUUUUUCUCUUUGUUGUUGAGUGUGUUUGCUUCUGUUUAGUAAUCACGGCCACUGCGUAACCACACAAAU